UACUCUUUCAAUCAGUGGUAGUGUUUGCGGCGGUCCGGCGGCACGCGGAAUGCGCUAGCCAUGAUCUCGCAGAAGCUGUCGUACGGGGACGUGCCCGCCAGCGCGGCGCUGAGCUCGCUGAGCCCCGGCCUGGCGCCGCCCUACAACGGCAUGGGCUGCAUGCCGGCGCAGGCCUAUCCGCAGCUGUACUCCAACAACAUGGUGGCGGGCGGCUCGUGCAUGGGCUCCCCGGGCGUGGGCUACAGCCCGCCCAGCAGCAUGCCGUCGUGCAUGGGCGGCGGCUACUCGCUGCCGCGCGAGGACCCGGCCAGCCCCACGUCGGCGCUGCAGCGCGCGCGCACGGACAAGACGUACCGCCGCUCCUACACGCACGCCAAGCCGCCCUACUCCUACAUCUCGCUCAUCACCAUGGCCAUCCAGAACAACCCCUCGCGCAUGCUCACGCUCUCCGAGAUCUACCAGUUCAUCAUGGACCUGUUCCCCUUCUACCGGCAGAACCAGCAGCGCUGGCAGAACUCCAUCCGGCACUCGCUGUCGUUCAACGACUGCUUCGUGAAGGUGCCGCGCACGCCGGACAAGCCGGGCAAGGGUUCGUUCUGGACGCUGCACCCGGACAGCGGCAACAUGUUCGAGAACGGCUGCUUCCUGCGCCGCCAGAAGCGCUUCAAGGACGAGAAGAAGGAGACGAUCCGCCAGGCGCAGAAGCAGACGCACGGCCACCACCCGGGGGACAAGCGCGAGCUGGGCCACGACAAGGCGAUGGCGGGCGGCGGCGCGGGGGGCGCGGGGGAGGACAAGGACAUGCGCGACGAGCUGCUGGCGCAGCUGCACGCGCCCGAGCUGUGCCUGCCGGAGCACGCGCCACUCGCGCUGGAGCACUACGCGGCGCUGAAGCAGGAGCCGCCGGGCUACGCGCCGCCCUCGCACCCCUUCAGCAUCACGCGCCUGCUGCCCGCCGCCGACUCCAAGACCGACCUCAAGAUGUACGACGUGAACUACGGCUACUCGCACGACAACUACUACCAGAGCUCGCUGUACCACCACGCGCACCACGCGCACGCGCACGCGCACCACGCGCAGCCGCCCUUGUGACAGUACCCGCUGGCCUAGGCACCCCGCCCGGGCCGGACCCCCGAGUGAAGUGAGUGAUGGACUCGCCGAUAGGUAUAACUUUGUGAAUUUUGUGUGUAAAUGAUACGAGUGUACAUAGUAACAUAUAUUUGCGAGUAAGUUACAUGAGUAUUUAGUGUAAGAUCGAGUAAGGCGGCGGCGGCGCGGCGCUAGGCCUAACUGCGCCCGCCCGCGCCGCGCCGCUCCUCACAGCCACUAUUUAGUAAAACAACUCACAUCUACUCAACUUAAAGGAUAUAAAUCUCGUACAAGUAAUAUCUUAUAGGUAUUCUUUUAUCAAUGCGUAUAGUUUAGCUUGAAAAAGGUAAAUCCUCAAUAUACAGUGAUCCACCAAAUUUGAAGUUCAUCAACUAAUGCGUAUUUUCAAUACGUCUUUAGCUUUUUUAGCCUUCUAAAAUUAUCUAUAUGUGUGAAUUUACAUUCGAUUAAAAAAACACAAUGAAUAAAUCCUCUUCGUUUCUUAUUAGACAAAAAAAUAAUUUUCCUAAAAAAGUUUGCCAUAAACCGUUCCUGUGUUGUGUACAUAGAAAAAUAUAAA